CAAAGAUCUCACAACCACUCACCAUGGCGAAUGGAAUCUUCAACUCCACAUACUACGGCAAGGACUACCAGGCAGGCGCUGCCCUCCUGCGUGCCCGCCGCCCAUAUCUGUUCAAGAACGCCUUCACCGGCUUCGGUCUAGUCGCCUUCUCAAUUGGCGUCUAUGCCUACACCAUCAGCGCCGUUGGACAAGAAGAGUUUUCCGACGUGAAAGUCCCCGACGCCCCCGCGAAGAAAUAGAUCCACUCAAUGGAGUGAUCCGGACAU